GGUGAUCAAGAUAUAUCAGCUCUCUCUUUCUCCGUGGGGCAUACUUUCACAGCCGACCGCUCGAGCCGCGCGCUUUGGAUACACCCAACCCGCAAACCACCCAAAAAAGACGAUGUCGGGCUUAAGUCGCUCUUUCAACCUGCUGAGGGGUACGAUGAGGCAUCAGAUCACACCUAAAGCAAAUAUUACAGCGAAACCAGCCAAACAUGUGAUAACCACUGCGGAGAAAACGAUUGCAAUGGUGACGAUGUUUGUGACAAUCCUGGUGCCUUCUGGAUGGGUCCUGGCAAAUCUUGAGAAUUACAAGAAACGUCCCGGCGCAGCAGAAUAACCUGAGGCAUUCCUCUUCACCAAACCUAUUUAACCUUUCAUAAAUAAAUGAAUGUAUUUAAUCCCUCAA